UGGUUGGAACGGUUCACUUGAAAAGGGGUUCUGAAGAGGAAUCCUGGAGCAAGAACAGGGAUAUUGGGACAGGGACACAGAAAUGUGGAUUUCUGAGGAGGAAUGGAGGUGGAAAAAGAGGAAGAGACGGUUGAAGAGAAUGAGGAAAGCAGAGGUUGGAUUUGAAUCUGGAGGAAGAUGGAGAUAAAAAUGGAGCUGGGGUGUUGAAAAAUGAUUGGUCUCAAACAGAGUGAGCCAUGAGCCAGACUGAGUUCUAGAGGAGAAAUUGAAGUGUAUGAGGGCGAGUAAUGUGAGGUGGAAGGUGUGGUGAAGAGCUUGACAUCAUUGAACAAAAUACAAAAUAAUCUAGUUCAAUAGGAGUGACAUUUUUGGAGAAAGUGGACCCUUGCCUUUUGGCAGAUCCAUUUGUGGUUUCAGGAUGGGUGGGAAAGGAGUUGUUUACAGUAGAAUCCGUGAAGGUAACCUGAAGUGGACUUUUUCUUUUUGUUUAUGUUUCUUCUGACCCAAGGAAGCAGGCGCUCCGUGUCACGCAACUUGGGUCAAGAUCUGUUUCAUGCUUUGCUCUUGAUACCCUCCGUUUGGCGCGACACAGACCUGGUGGUGAGCGUGGUGAAACAGAGUCUUUACCAGACAAAGUCAUGUUAGGAUAUAUCAUCCUCUUAGAGUGUUUGUGGUGAAUCCACUGCUCUGUUUCAGGUACAAUGUUUAUGGUCAUGUUGCAGCAGUGUGCAGGAGGGACAUUCCAAGAUGUGAGAAGUGUGCAGGAGGGCAUUGGACAGAGGAUUGUGUAGUUUUGGUAAAGUUGUGUGUGUCAACUGUAGUGGUGCCCAUGUUGCUGGGGAUCGGAAGUGUCCGGUAUGAGAGUGGCAAGUUGAAGUGGUCAGAGCGUAGCGCAGAAGGUGUUGUAUUCCGAGGCAGUGAAGAAAGUAGAGGCAGAUGGGUCAAAGGUGAGGAAUCCUGAGAGGAGCCCAGUGAGUCGUAGAUCUGUGUCAGCACAGAGGGAGUGAGGCUGCCUUCUCAGCGUUCAUAGCAAUGGUUGUCAGCUGUAUCGCAGAAAGGGAACGUAAAUCACAGAAAAUAGAUAUAAUAAUAUAAUAAUAUUAUAUAUUAUUAUAAAUAGAUGUUGUGGUGGCAGCUGCAGAGAAGUAUUUGGGUAUAUGAGAUUUGAAUUCAGAAGAGUUACAGGAUGUGUUGAGGCCGUUGGCAUGGUGUAGGAGCAGGAGUGUAGCUGGCAGAUGGGUGUGAGAUUUUUUAGAUGUUUUUUUAAUGAAAUAUUGGUAUAUAGUUGUAGGGUUGGUUGGUGGUGAAAUGUAUAUGUACAUAUAUAUAUAUUACCCCUUUUUAUUUUUGUAUAAUGUGAUUGAACAUACACUGCCGCACAGUAGGUGGCGAAAUGCACAAACAAAAUGUGCAACGCCAUGAUGCCAAAUAAGAAGAAGAAGAGGUAGCGGGGGCUGGUUGUGUGUUCAUUGGUUGCUGGAGAAAAGUGUCCGGCGGUUCAGGGAGACAUUCCAUGGAAAGAUAGCGGUGGAAAAGGCAACCUUACUGAUGAGACGCUAUGCCAACAAACAUCAAAUGGUCACCUGGGCAGUUAUACUGAAGAAAGGCAACGAGCUGGAUGAUGAGGACAGAAAAUGCUUACAGACGGAUCAGGCAGUCAAGAAUGUGGUGCAGAGACUCACAGCUGAGGACAGGGAACCUCAGGUCCCUCCUGCACAACCGGUACAACACAGUCACAGUCCCCGAGGUAGCAGACAGCCUGAAGACGAUAAUGAUAUCAAGGAGCUGGGAGAGCGUCUGCGGGUCCUGCCUCUCACUGAGAAGAACAAGAGAAUGUUUGAUAAUGCCCAGCGCCACCUCACCCCCUCUGUCCUGCACCAGUUUGCCUGCCAGACCUGUGACAAGGACUGGUGGCGUCGGGUACCCCAGAGGAAGAGGGUAUCUCGCUGUCACCUGUGCAAGAAGAAAUAUGACCCUGUCCCUUAUGACAAAAUGUGGGGUAUUGGAGAGUUCUGCUGCACCAAAUGCACACGCUCCUUCAGGGGCUUUGGGAGGAUGGAUUUGGGCUCCCCCUGCUACUCCUGCCGAACUCUGGUGAUCCCAACAGAGAUUCUUCCUCCACGCAAGGGAGGGGUAGGAGGAGCAGGACACAGAAAACCUAUCCCACACAGCUGCCUCGCUGAGGACUGUUACAACAGACAAGAGCCCCAUGUUCCUGGGACAGAGUGUGUCCACCCCCGCAGUCGCCAGAGGAACAGGAAGCCUCGCGUGGUCAAUCCCAGCUCCGUCCACAUCAGCUCCGGCUCCACCGUCAACACCUGCCUGAGCCAAGGAAGCCUGGAGAACCUGUACGACCUCAUCAUGGAUGACAUCAGAGAGGAGAGUGAAGAGGACAACCGUAGUGGUAGCAGCAGCAGCUAGAGCAGCACUGAUGUUACCAGUGACCAACAGUCGUGAGCACCUUCCAUGCUUCCCCAAUUGUGCUUCCAACGAUCAGGAUAUGAUCACUUUUCUUAGGUUCACAUUCAGUGUAAGGAUGGCAUCUCAUAGGCCUGCUGACAUAGUAUUGGUUGUACUUUCCUUUCAUUUUUAAAAACCAUGAAAAUACCGCUCAAUAUUCACAACAGUCAGAUGAUAUAAGUGAGAUGAUAUAACUAGUUUCAUGUUUUGCUUUUGUCUUUGUUCAUGCUUCUUGAAGUGUUGCCACGUGUUGUUGCUGCUGCUUUGUUAAUGUUUGAAUGAUAAGGGGAGAUUGACCGCACUGGCUACUGCCCAUAAUCCUGACUUUACUUUUGGUUACCUAUUCAGGAGAUACCUUUCUAGUAAUGUGUGUGUUUAAAUAGAUUUGUCAUAUCAACUUGAACAAGAAUAUAUCAUAAAACACAAAUAAUGCAUUUUGUCCCCCCCCCCCCCCCCCC